AUGGAAUUCGUCGGAAAACUCGCCCAAAAAUACAUGGAAAAGAAAUCCGGCGACCACGGCGAAUCCCACCAGUCCUACGAAAGCGAGUCCCAGUCUCAACCCCGGUACGACGGCGGAUACGGUGCUCCUCCUCCCUCCGGGCCCCCCUCCGGUCCACAGGACCUGCCUUACCCAUGGGCCGCCCGCUGGGAUGAACAGGGCCAGCGCUGGUACUUCGUGAACCAGCAGACUGGAGAGUCGAGCUGGAAUCAUCCGGGGUCUUCCUACGGUGGGGGCCAGCCGUCGUAUGGUGAACAGCAGGGCCCUUACGGUGGGAGCGCGCCGGGGUACGGACAGCAGCAGCAGGCGCCGUAUGGCGGGGGCUACGGGGGCGAGUACCAGCAGCAGGGAGAGUACCAGCACCGACCGGAGGAGUCAUCGGAGAAGAAGAAGAGCGGUGGGAACGGUAUGCUGUAUGCGGGAUUGGGUGCCGCUGCCGGUGUGGCGGGUGGAGCGCUGGCGAUGCAUGAAUGGGACGAAAACAAGGACGAUAUUGAGAAGAAUGUUGAGGAGUUCCCUGAGAAUGCGGCGGAGUGGACUGGUGAGAAGGUUGGUGAGGCUGAGCAGAUCCCUGAGAAUAUUGAGGAGGGCUGGGACCGUGCCGAAGAUCGAGUGGAAGAUGGAUGGGACAACACCGUGGAGAAUGUAGAGAAUGCUCCCGAGAACGUUGCCGAGUGGACUGGCGAACAGGUUGGCGAGGCUGAAGAAACCUGGGACAACGCCGAGGACAAGGUGGAAGACGGAUGGGACAACGCGGUGGACAACGUCGAGGAAGCCCCCGAGAACGUCGCCGAGUGGACAGGGGAGAAGUACGGUGCCGUGGAAUCAUUCGGAGACGACAUGGGAGAUGCCUACGAUCGGGGUGAAGCUGAAGGCCGGGAGGAUUCAGGGGAUUCUGAUUCGGGUUCGGAUUCGGGAGAUUCGGAUUGA